UUUAUAACCAAACCACGUUUUGGGGGUAGACUUUAGAGUUAAAAGAGGGGACCGAGCCUCUUUCAUUUGCACCCUCAACUUUUAAUAGAAAAACUUCAUCAACGGAUAAACGCGACUACCACGACACAUAAUAGAGAUGGCAACGGCGAGCUUAGGAGGAGGGGCAGCGAAGGAGGGUGGUCCAACGAUAGUUUGGAAUGAGGAGCAGAACAAGUUCGAGACAGAGGACAAGAAAGCUUAUAUACAGUAUGUGCUUCGUGAAAAUGAAAAUGGCAGCAAAGUCUUAGAUUUGGUCCAUACCUUCGUUCCUUCCUCCAAGAGAGGCUUGGGUUUGGCUUCUCACCUCUGCGUUGCCGCUUUUAACCACGCCAAAUCCAAUUCCCUUUCUGUCAUUCCCACCUGCUCUUAUGUCUCUGACACUUUUUUACCGCGGAACCCAUCUUGGAAUUCUCUUCUAUAUUCGGGGGAUAUCAAGUCUAAUAUAUGAAUAAAAGAGAUGACCUAAAAAGUUGUUUUAAAAGUUUCGUGCGGUGGAAAUUGCUAAAAAGCCUUGUAAGUGAUUAUACUACUUGCAUGUACUCCCGAUUCCAAUGCUGAAUCUGCUUUGCUUUCAGCCAAUGUAAAUAUAUGAAAUAUUCCUUA